UCAUUCAAGUUCAGAUUUCUCACAGCAACUCACCCUUCAAUAUAUUUUUCAUCAUUCUCUUCUUCACAAUUUCCACAGUUACAUUAGGAUACACAAAAGAAAACAUAUCUUCCUUUAACUCGGAAUUAUCAAGAACACUAGCAAAUUGAGAAUUACAUUUCUUGAAGUCUUUGAAUAUGGAAAGAGUGAUGAAGUUGGGAGCGGAAAGUCCAGUGGUCAUUUUCACCAAGAGUAGUUGUUGUAUGUCUCAUAGCAUUGAAACCCUAAUUCGUAGCUUCGGUGCAAACCCCACAGUUUAUGACCUUGAUGAACUUCCAAAUGGGAGGGAAAUGGAGAAAGCAUUGGUUGAAUUAGGAUGUCAGCCCAGUGUGCCAGCAGUGUUCAUUGGGAAAGAAUUGGUUGGUGGUUCUAAUGAGAUUAUGAGCCUUAAUUUGAGGGGCAAUAAGCUUAAGCAAUUGCUUAUAAAGGCAAAUGCAAUUUGGGUGUAACACUAUAUGUACCUUCUACAUGUGAGUUUAGAAAAAUAGAGAGCUAGCCAGUUAUUGAAUAUUUAAUCUUCUGGUAGUUGUUGCUCUUCUUUUCACUCCUAUUUAUUUAUACUUUCUGUUUUUUGUAAACUGAUUUUGAAUAAUAAUGUCGCACAUUAUGUUUCACUUAC